AUGACGCCGACACGCGUAAGAGAAGCUCUACACUUUGCAGAUGCAGAAAGCAAGCAGUUUAUAGACUAUUUGCCGCCAGUUCCUCCUCAGACACCAACGGAAAAGCCUUUUGUCACAUUAACCUUUGCCACCUCCCUCGACAGUCAGCUUUCCAUUGCGCCAGGAGUGCAAACAGCGCUUUCAGGGCCACAGUCCAAGUCAAUGACACAUUUUCUACGCUCCAAACACGAUGCCAUAUUGAUUGGAGUAGGCACGGCCGUUGCCGAUAAUCCAUCCUUGAACUGCCGGAUAGAAGGUGUGGGUGGUUAUGGUGGUGAGGGCCUCAUCGGGCAGCCCAGACCGAUUGUUGUUGAUCCACAGGGCCGCUGGCAGUUCAGUGAGGAGAGCAAGGUGCUCAAGCUUGCCAGGGAGGGUAAAGGAAAGGCACCGUUCAUCAUCACUUAUGUGGCACCAUCCGACGCUCGCAGAGCUGUGCUGGAAAGCGUGGGGGGCAAGUUCCUGCUUUUGGAGCCGUCACCUGCACAGAAGAGCGAGACUACUUCCUCAUGGCACAUGAUUCUGGAUGCAUUAAAAGAACAAGGUCUACAAAGCGUGAUGAUUGAGGGCGGCGGAUUCGUCAUAAAUGAUUUGCUCGGUCCGGGCCGUGCAUAUUCGCUCGUUGACUCGGUCAUUGUCACCAUAGCUCCGAUAUGGCUCGGGAAGGGUGGUGUUCAGGUUUGUCCGGAUGGAGGUUCUGACCGACUGCCUGUUACCAGAUUGAAAGAUGUCAGAUGGAUACCACUCGGAGAAGACGUAGUGCUCUGUGGACGGCCGAAUAUGUCGCUCCGGUGA